AUUGGCCUACAUAUGUAUCUGAUUUAGGCAUUUAGUUCAGGCGUUAAGCUGUCCGUUCUUUCCGCCCGACUGGUGGACUACCUGGAAUUAAGCCCGUCUGCGAAAUUUAAUAGGUUUAUCCACGUUUUUGAGAGACUCGCCGAUGCAUGCAAAGUCCCCAACCUAGUUCACCAGGCGGGCUGAAGGAGUCGCCCCGGGCAAGUUUCAAGAACAAUAAGACCAUGCCGGAUAACAGUGCAGCCAGCCCGCUCUACGAGGGCCCCGAUGCGACGAGUUCUGGCAAUGCUGUGAAAAAGGAGGAAACGCGACCGCCAGGGCGCCCGAGCCGGACAGUUUGCUGGAUUAUCACAGCUGUUGUCAUUUGCAUUGCUGUAGGCGUUGGGAUAGGCGUUGGCGUUGGUGUUGGUCUCUCCAGUGGCAACGGCGAUGACUCCACCUCGUCUCCCUCACCAGCGCCGCUGGUGACACCUGGCAACCUGACUGUUAUCAAGAACAAAGUCCUCCAAUACAUCCCGGUGGACAUCCAGAAUGCGGACACAGAUGAAGUCAUCGCAAACUAUGUAGCGCAGGCUGCCCGCAUCCAGCCUGUGACGGACCUGCUGGCCUCGGUGCUGCCGGCGCUGGGCGCCAACAGCAGCAUCGCCAGCGGGCUGGCGGGCACGGUGGUGCAGCCGCAGGCCAUCCAGAUGUACGUGUCCAAGUGGCUGGAGGACAACAAGGUGGACAGCAGCUCGCUGGCGGCCACACUGGACAACCUGGCGCAACUGGCGCAGGGGGUGACGGACUGGCAGGCUCGGUUGCUGACCAUCACUCGCAACCUGGGCAACGUGACGGCGCUGGUGAACAGCAAGGUGGAGUCGCUGCUCAACAGCACCACCUCCACCCUCACCGGGGGGCGGCGGCGAAUGCAGGAGAAGGACGUGUUUGCAAUCCUCAACACCACGGUCCGCAGCGUGCUGUCCUCGGAGGCCGCCAAGCCCUACGUGGCGGCGCUGCAGGCGGCCGGCUAUGACCCCGCCACGCUGCCCGCCCUGGCCGGCAGCCUACUGACCAUGGCCCGGCGGCUGCUGGGCGCCAGCACGGAGCUGCGCGACCUCAUGGAGCGGCUGGACACACACUUUGACCUCAACCUGUUCCCCAGCCUGCCUAUCUUCAACCCGCGCACCGGCAUCAACCUGACCUACCUGGUGGACUCAGUGCCCUUCGACAAGCGCACCACACUGGUGCUCAGCCCAGCUAAGCGCCGCCGCCUACAGACAACCGACCCGCUGCGUGCCGCGCUGUCGCUUCCGCGUACCGCGCUGCCCGCCAACUUCUCCUUUGCCAAACCCGAGGCGCUGCCGCGUGUGUACAUCCCGCUGGUGUUCCACGUAAUGACCUACAGCACCACCGCGGGCGGCUACGGCCCGCCCAACUGGGACAAGACGCCGGACUACGUGACGCGCAUCGUCAACAUCGCCAACGCCAUGGCCUGGCGCACCAACUUCCAGUUCUUCGUGAACGAGGUUCGCUACAAGCCCGACAGCAACCCCUACCUGGUCAAGGCCGACCGCGCCUCCUGGAUGGGCUGCGCCUCCAAGCCCAACUACUUCUACUUGGCAUGUGCCGACGUGCUCAACGGCGCGCUGGACCACCCCCGCUCCAUCAACAUCUUCGUGGUGGGCGACAAGGCCGACGCUUCCUACGCUGGCUACGGCUGGGUGCCGUCGUCCGCGACCGACAUCAGCCGCGGGCACAUCGCGCUGCUGUGGAGCGUGCUGGACCCCAGCCAGUGGAACGGCCAGGCGGGCUGGGAGUACGGCGGCAAGGUGUUGUGGCACGAGCUCAUGCACCACCUGGGCCUGUACCACACCUUUGGCAAGGGCAACACCGGCACCGGCUGCACCCUGGCCUCAGAUGACGGAGUGGCGGACACGCCUAUUGUCGCGGGCCCUGUGUACAACCAGGCCUCCUUUUCCAGCCAGGCGCGUGACUACUGCCUCAGCUACUUCAACAAGGACCUGGGCAGCAGCUGGACGCGGGUGAUGCAGGAGUGGCGUAAUCGGCUGGGCAUCCCCACCGCCGACUCCAGCCACACCUUCGACUCCUGCCCCUCACUCCCCGGCGUGGACGAGCUAGGCAACUAUAUCAGUUACACACACGACGUGUGCAUCCCCGCGCUGGGCCACCAGACACCGGGCCAGGUGCUGGUGAUGCACAACACCACCAGUCGCUCCAUGAAGGUGCUGUACCAGUGGGGGCAGUACCUGGCCACUCUGGCGCCAGCGGCCUUCGAGACGCCGGCCCCGCCGCCGUCACCAUCUCCGCCGCCCGUCUCGCCGCCGCCCAGCCCCAUCGUGGUCGCCAGCCCGCCGCCGCCGCCACCCUCCUCGCCGCCGCCGCCCCCGCCGCCCAGCCCCUGCCUGGCGACUCGGUCCGGGUGCCGCUGCCGCGUGAACUGGUCUUGGAACAAGGGGACCUACAGCGGCUGCGCGAGGCCGGACGGCGACCCUGUGGGCCUGUGGUGCCUGGUGGAGCAGGACGGUAACUGCCCCUCCGCCAUCAACGGCUUUUGGGACUACUGCCCCGCCGGCGCCACGGAUGAGCGCUGUGGCGCCGAGUUCCCGCGCCCGCCCUCGCCUUCGCCCGCCCGCCCGCCGCCGCCUCUGCAGCCCUGCGGCGCCGGCCACGUGACGGCCAGCGGCUCGAUCUGCAGCCGCGAGCCCUGGGCGUACACGGGCGUGGACGGCGGCGAGUUUAACGCCACCUACCUGGGGUGCGCCAACCCCGACAACGACCCGCAGGGCUCCUGGUGCCGGCUGCAGGCGGGCUUUACCGGGCUGCUGGGCCGCACGUGGGACUACUGCGGCCCCGUGUGCGACCCCGCAGGCGGCAGCAGCACUGGUAGCAGCACCACAGGACCCAACUCCGCCGCCAACUGCGAGUCGUCACAGGGCCUGCCUGCGGGUUGCGUGUGCCGCGAGACCUGGGGUGGCGUGUUCCUGACGCCCGGGGCCACCACCGGCCGCCGCUACACCACCGCACGUUCAUGCACCUACGUGCCCGAGCUGGCGGGCCAGGUGGCCGCGGGCGGCGGCGUGUGUGAGGUGGCCAGCUGCAAUGAUGCCACACUCAAUGGCCGGGUCAUGACCUGCGCUAGCUCCUGCACCGUGCUGCGUGCAUCGGAUGGCGAGACAGUGGACGUGUAAAGCGUUGCAGUGGACGGCGGUAGCAGCAGCGACGACAGUGGCUGCUGUUUGCCAGGUGUAUGCAUAGCGGGUGACGAGAGCGUGCGCGUUUGGCGCUGUGGUGACUGUGCAUGUUUGUGCCACGUGAUUUAGAGUGGUACCAUUGUUUUGACGUGACGUGUGUGAACUGUAUCCGUGACUAUCAUACACAGUACACACAAUGGUGGUGCAGUUGAGGCACAAUGACACAAUAUGAAGAUGCUGGGCACGUAUGAUGUGUAUUCAUGAGACCCUGUAAUGGAAGUAUAUUCCUCUGGUAUAUUGGCCAAGACGUGAUUGAUAGUGCAAUUUCUGAGACGGGGCUGUGCCACUGAGGAGCUCCGUAUUUGUAUGGGGCGGUAUGGGGCGUGCGCACAUUGCAGUGUGGUACUGAUGGGAGCUCGACAUAAUGCGCAAACUGAUGAUACGCCCUAUAACUCGUUACAACACCCCACCAUGUACGUACAACCCU